CCUCCAAAAGCCAGUGGCCCACUGGACAAUAUUGGACACUGGCAAAGAGACAGAAAAUAAGCGAGAUAAAAUAAAAUAAAUAGAGAGCCAGAAUUGUGGUACUGGGCCCAUACUACUGGGCCGAAAGCCAUCACACGAAAACGAAAACGAAUUGACGUUGUGUCUAAAAUGCUUAUGAAUUUUUGUGAUCCUUGCUUAAAAACAAGUGUCACUUGCAAAACUGUCACUACCGAAGGAUACGAGCCAGUGAAUCUUGUAAAUGGAAGCUCUAAGGGUUUCCUUGCGUACUCUUGUAUUAAACCCCCAGUACAUAUUGACUUCACUUUUGCUUGUAGCAUUAAAAUCCAUCAUGUUGUUAUUUGGCCUUGCGUGGGAGCUCAGAAAUCCACAGGUUUCCAGCUAGCUACUAACUGGGACCGCACAAAAGUUGUCCCUUACGAAUGCGUAUCCAGUGGGCAAUUAAAAGACGAACUGGGAUUACUGUUCUAUCGCAAAGACGCAAACCAACUGCGAGACUAUGUACCGCCUAAUUUUCUCCAGCGAUAUAUAAGACUCUCUAAGCAAUUGUUUGUCGACAGUGUAAACUGCUUGCGAAUAUCUAUUUUUAAGACGGAAAACUCUGUCCCAGCUCUCGGUAGGAUAGAGGUCUGGGGAUACGUUUCGAAGGAUCUGAGAAACACCGUUAUGGAACUUAUGCACGAAGCUUGGAUUAACAAAGAUAAUCCACAAAGAUCGUCUAAAAAUGUGAUCGUUAAUGUUCCAGCUGCGGAAGUCACAAGUUUUCGUAAAAGGAAACGAGACGAACAUUUAUUAAGUGUAUCAGAGAAAUUUUUGGAUCCCAUCACCUGUGAAAUUAUGAUUCAACCAAUAAUAAUGCCGAGUGGUAAUAUAAUUGAUCAAAGUACGUUAGAGAAAUAUACAAAGAACGAAGCGUUGUGGGGCAGAAUGCCUUCGGACCCUUUUACUGGACUUCUGCUUAAUGAACAUCGACGACCAAUUAUUGCCAAUAAAUUGAAAGUGGAAAUUGACAAGUAUCUUCUCGAACAUAGCAACGAUAGUGAAAUCAAGAAAAUGCCAAGAGUGUUAAAUGGUAUUUGUGAACGGUCGUUGCAACUCACCGUACACAAUUGGUCAGAGAUUCUAACGAAGGAUGUAAAAUGUGAACCGAGAGAAGUUAAUGUGCCUGCAAGACAUAUAAUAUCCACCUCCGUUCAACCAUCUAAACGGAAUAUAGACACUAAGCAUAAGUUACCGAUUAAUAUAAUAUCUAAGAGAAAAGAUUUCAAAGCUGCCAAUGUUUUACAGAACAAAGUACAACAAUCUAAUAUCAGUAACGUUGAUAUGAUUGUAGAUAACAAUGAAUUAACAAAUUCUGAGACCGAUGUCAGUUUAGAAGAAAAUGUUCGGGUUACUUUGUCGGGGCUUAGAUCCUUCAGCGAAGGACAAGAAAAUACUUUAAAGAGUGUAGACAAGUGUUCAUGUUGUACGCUUUUACAUCUCUAUAUUUUACCAUGUAAGCAUUUAAUCUGCAGGAAAAAAUUAAUGGAAUCUGGCACAAAUAUAUUGUGCGAAUCCUGUGGCAAGUCGUACGGUUCAAGCGAUCCUCGAAGGUAUUAUGUAUGAUUGAUACAUGUAAAAUUAUGUAAAUAAUUGUUUAAAUGUAUAGGACUUAACGUUGAAGUUUUGCUUUAUCGCAAUACAGAAUAAUAAGUAUAUGAGAUAUGUCAUACAUAAUAUUGUUAAAAAUUUCUUUUGCAAACUACCACUA